AUGGCGGCUUCUGAUGACCAUGACCUGAAGGCGUUGCUGCAGGUAAGGGUGAGCGAUGAGGAUGGCGCGCUGGUGGACGCGCUGAACCGACGAGCUGCUGUUGCUGCCGCUGCCACCGCCGCGCGGGGGGAGCCCAGCCCCAGCUUCUUCGAGGGGUUCGCGCUGCAGGGGAUCCGCGUGGAGAGCAUCCGCCCGGGCCACAUCCUCUGCUCCUUCACGGUCCCCGCACGCCUCACCGCCGGCGACAAUCACAUAGCCCCCGGCGCCGUGGUGGCCCUGGUGGACGACAUCGGCUCCGCCGCCUCCGUGUCCGACGGCCACCACCUCAAGGUCUCCGUCGACAUGUCCGUCAACUUCGUCGACCUCGCCGCCGCGUCGGCCGGGGACGCCCUCCGCAUCACCGCCAGGGCGCUCGGCCACAAGGGCGCCUACUCCGGCACGCACGUCCUCGUCGCCAACGCCGCCACGGGGCAGGUCGUCGCCGAGGGGAGGCACUCGCUCUUCGGCGAGAUGAAGAUCAGGAGCAACAUCUGA